GGCGUUCUUCUCUUCCUUAUCACGAUAGUCGUUCGGACAGUAGUCGAUGCAUGGUUCAUAUCAAAUCUGCUUCUUUUUUUGUCUCAUCGACGCCAAUGCAAGAUACAGCGCAUGUUCUGAUAGUACACUCGAUAGCACAUGCUUUUCAAUAGUAAGAUACGCGUACGGUCUACUACAUAGGGUCUACUGCUAUAAUUCUCGGCCUUCCCGGCUCCUCUACUCCUUGUUUAUGUCGUCGACAAUAUACUAUAACGGUGGGAACGCUCACCUUGCACCCUUGUAACCCUCAGCUGCAAGCAUGUUCGAGAUUAGGCCUCAGCAAUACGCGACGGCGAUCGUGUUCCACGAGGCAGUCUGGAAAGAAAGCGAAGGCAGCAGAAAUUUAUGCACAUCCGUACAAUUCGUGUUAAAUUCGUG